CCCCACCCUCUUUUUGUGCAUCUCUUAAAAGGAGAAGGACAGAAGACGAGAGAGAGAGUGGGAGAGAGAGAGAGAGAGAGAGAGGGAGAGAGCUCUCCGGGAAGAGGAAGACAACAACAACAACAAAAAAAGUGACUGUCGCAGGGGAAGGAACGAGAGGAAGAGAGAGAGGAGGGGUGGGGGGGUUCGGACCGGAGCCCGGAGUGGGGGAGUCGGUGCCCGGUGCCCGGUGCCCGGUGCCCGGUGGUGGGGGGGGCGAUGCUGGCGGCGGAGAGCUCGGUGGACGCCCAGAGUCUGAUCUCCAUGUCGCUGCGCAAGAUCCACAACUCCAGGAGCGAACGGGGAGGCAUCAAACUGCACAAGAACCUCCUGGUGUCCUACGUGCUGCGCAACGCGAGGCAACUGUACCUCAGCGAGAGGAGGGUCAACAACAACAACAACAACAACAACGGCGGCGGAGGAGUAGGCGGCGGCGGUGUUGUUGUCGUCGGCGGCGGCGUCUCCAUCCACGGCUCCGGAUGCGCUGUGGCGCAGCCCCGCGCGGAGCCGCUGUGCGUCUGUCCGGCCAACCGGGACUCGCACUGCACGGUGCUGGACCUCGACACGCACACCGUGACCACGGUGGAGACGGGCUUCUCCCUCCGGGACUGCGCGGCGACCUCCUGCUGCUGCUGCGGCUCCAGUUUGGGUUCCUCCCCCCAGAAGCGCAAAUGCGGCUCUAGCGGCGACCCCGAGGACUUCAGUCUCCUCCCCGGCGUCAAGCGGGUGCGGUUGGGGGAGUUUCCUCCUCCCGACCCCCAUUGCCACCUCCACCUCCAGCACAGCGGCCACAUCUCCAGCCUCGUGUCCAUCUUCCACGCGGGUUUCUCGGGUUUGGUCCACCGGGCGGACCCGGACCCGGACCCCGACCGCACGGACACGGACAGCGACGGCGAUGACGAUGAGCCGCCGCUGUUGCAGCAGCAGCUCCCGGAGUCCGCCUCGACGCAGAGCGGACAGCCGUGCGGUAAACAGGCGCUGGCGGGGUUAGCGGCCUGGACCAGGGCCAUCGUGGCUUUCUGAGACUCUCUCUCCCUCACACUCCCCCUCUCUCCCUCACAC